UUUCAAAGUUGGAACUUUGAACACUUCUUAAGAGUCUGCCUACCCGGUUUGUUUUUAUUAGAAAAUAAAUUACCUCCCUAUCACGGCUUUCUUUGACUGACUUGAUAAUACGACAUCAAAUUUUCAGAGCUCGUGCAUCAAGCUGCUGGUUUGAGACAGACUUUUUCAUCUUUUCUCAUGUAGAGUUGGAUUCAUCAUUGGCUGGUAGGUUUGGGAUUCAAUUGGGUUUCAGCAAUUUUCUUCAUAUUGUUCUUGUGCAGGUCUACGUCAAGAGUUAACAUUGUCAAAUCAAAAUGGGAUGCAUGUCUUCCAAACUCAUGCCUAGAUCUUUGAGUUUAAGGGAAGAACUGAACCAAAGCAUGCAAAGGUCAGCCAAUAGCAAUCCUGCCGUUGAAGAAUUAGGCAUCUCCCAAAAUAUCAAUGAUAAGUUCCUUGCUCUUGUUUAUACAGCUAAUACAGUAGCUAACAAACUCAGGUCUGGAAGUCUUUCGGACAAAACCCCAAAACCAGUAGUUGACUAUGGCAAUGCCCUGAACACCAGUAACUCAUUGGAGUUUGUGUCAAAUCUAGAACAAGGUGAAGAUAGAAAACAAGGAGAACCAGCAGCUCCAAGAGUUGAUCAAAUUAAAAGAUCCAGAAGUUUUCAUUGCUUUAAAGAGCAUGAGCUGCCCUCUCCAAGUCCGGGAAAGUUUGAUGGGACUAAAGAAGAAGGAUGGAAUCAUAAGGGUGUAGGUAAAGCUAGGAGUUUUCACACAGUAGAGGAAUAUGAUACCUUGGUAGAAAAAAUUAGGCUGUCUGGGUCAUGCCAAUCAGGAUCUUAUAGCGACGAUAAUGGAUCAAUAACCAAGCUGCAGGUUUCUGAUGGCCAGGACAAAACUUCCCUAGAAGAGAACACCAGGUCUGAGAAGACUUCCAUCAUGUCAAAUUCAGAGCUAGAAACUAGACAACAGGUUGCAAAUCCAAAUAGAUCCAUUACAAAGAUGGAAAAGGGAGAGGACUCUCCUCAAGAAGGGAAUAUCUUAGAGAAGGGUCUUAAAAGAAAGACAAUGGCUGAAGGGCUAGACUCGCUUGAAAUUCCAAGUGCUAUUGAAUUCACAGCCGUCGCAAGCCUUCGGGAAUGGCUUCACUCUGGUGGACAAGUUUACUCUCCUGGAGCUUAUAGAACUCCAAAGUUUGGCAGCUAUUCUAUACCAAGUUGUGGGUCUGCAAAUGAGUGCAAUGAAGGUGCCAUCUUCAAUCCUGGAUUGGUAGCUGCUUUUGAAGAACGUAUGCAACAUCUUGAAGCUGAAGCAGAAAGUAUUCUCAACAGGAUAUCUGAAAAUUUAGAGGAAGAGUGAAUGUUCGAUGGAGAAGCAAGAAAAUAAUGAUAUUUCAUCACACGCAAAAGACUAGAGCAAGUACAAAGUACAGUGAACAACUUUGCUGCAGAAAUAUAAGUACCAUUGGCUGGUACUCAAUCCUAGCCCUCUCUCAUCCUAUUGAAAUACAUUUGAGACCAAGUACUUCCCUUAAUUUGCUGCAAUUCACAGAUUUAUUUGGUCACAAUUACCAAUAAUGGAGAAGAAUCCCAUGGAUCUUUGUGGCAUUUUGGACAUUCUGACAAUAAUGUAUAUCUCCAUUUGAAUUA